AUGGCAGACGUCCCGCAGGCUCAAGGCAGCUCAGAUACCCUCGUCGUCCCUCUUCACACCGGCCUCGUCUACUCGUCCAUCAUGAUGCUCCACGCCGAACCCGUCUUGGUCACCAGAGAGGCUCACGAGGGCCAUCCAGAAGCUCCAGAGAGGAUAUCAAGGGCAUUUCAGGUACUCAAGGACAAUGGAUGUGUCAAGAGGAUGAAGAGGAUACAGCCUAGAGAAGUGGAGAGGGACGAGGUCGCAUUGGUACAUGAUCUCGGAGUGUGGGAAGGAGUUUGGAGAAGUCAAUUCUAUACCCGGUCUGCGCUCUUCGAGGUCACAAAGCUCUUCGGCGAGCAAUCCUCCCUGUACAUCAACGAGCAUACCUUUCGCUGCGCACGUCUCUCCUGCGGAGGCGUCAUCGAACUCUGCGAUGCCGUCUGCUCCGGAAAGAUCCGCAACGGCUUUGCUAUCGUCCGACCUCCAGGGCAUCACGCUGAGCCAGACCGCUCAAUGGGCUUCUGCAUGUUCAACAACGUCGCAGUGGCUGUGAGAUGGAUCAAGGAAAAGUACGGCGGAGAGGAAGUGCCGAAGGAAAAGCGUAUCAAGAAAAUCCUCAUCCUAGAUUGGGACGUGCAUCAUGGCAAUGGUACACAAAAGGCAUUCGAGGAGGAUGCAGACGUCCUGUUCAUCUCCUUACAUCGCUACGAGAACGGUGAAUUUUACCCCGGCUCCACCUACGGCGCUUCGGCCUCAGUGGGCUCCGGCCCAGGCAAAGGCUUCAGCAUCAACAUCCCCUGGCCUACUGCCGGCAUGGGAGACGGAGAGUACCUAUACGCCUUCCACCACAUCGUCAUGCCCAUCGCCGCCGAAUUCGGCCCGGACCUGGUCAUGAUCUCUGCCGGAUUUGACGCUGCCAAGAACGACCCCCUGGGUGGCUGUCUAGUCACACCGAUCGGGUAUGCUCAGAUGACGUACAUGCUCAUGGGGCUUGCUGAUGGCAAGCUCGUCGUGGCACUAGAGGGUGGCUACAAUGUGGAUGCGCUAGCCAAUUCGGCUCUCGCAGUGACGCGGACCAUCCUGGGAGAUUCUGUGCCUUCGCACGAGUCGCUUCCCUCUGCUUCUGCAGUCGCAGUCAACACCAUGCGUCUGGUCAAGAGGGACGUCUCUGAGUACUGGAAGUGCAUCGACUCCUCUCCUCUGGACCCAAUUCCGACACACGAGGAAGGCCUGCCAAAAGUGUCCAUCUCUGAGCUUCUCCAAGCGCACCGCCAGUAUCAAAUUGCCAAGAAAUUCCAGCUUUCCGAGCUUCCCGUCAUCGGCAACCUCGCAGAGGAGUGGGGCGCUCAUGCCCUCUGCAGUGGGGAUCUCAUGGAGCGCAAGCCCGCCCACGAGGCCAUCGUCCUCUUCGUGCACGACAUGGGUUCUCUCCGCGCAGGCAACGAGCGACCCAAUUUAGCCCUGGUUCCCGAAGCAGAAUCGGCCUAUCUAGUCGACUCUUCCUCGCUUGUCCUAGAAUGGGCCAGCAAGAGGGGCUUCGCAGUCGUAGACGUCAACCUCUUCACAACGGCAGGACAGCGGGGGAAAGCCACUUCUUUGGAGUUCCUCGAAUUCAUCUGGGACAAUUACAUCGAGCUGAGCGAAUGUCCACGCAUCGUCAUUCUAUCCCACGCAGGAGCCGUCUCUCCCGUCCUCUCCCUCCUGCACUCCCGCAGAUUGGACAAGGACCCGCGCGUAAGAGCCCUCGCGUCGACAAUGGGACACGAAAGCGUCCCAAUGGUCGGGCGGGACGAGGCUGAACUCCGCAAGUGGUACUUGCGUAAUGCGAGGGUGUUCCUACCAGAGACGCACAGCUGGUGGAGUCAAGAGGAAGAGCUCAAAGCGUUGCCAAUUGGCCUUGAGGAGGAGGGCCGCCUUGAAGAGUAG